AUGAGAAGACGUUUCACAAGUCAAAAGAACACAAACGCAAAAGCAGAGAUUACGGUUGGUUAUAACGUAAAUGAUGAUAAAUCACGAAUUAUUCAAAAUGUUAAAGUUAAUGUUAGUCCUGAAUUAACAAGGUCAGCAACUCAACCAAAUUUAUUAACUCGUGUCUUACCGAAGAAUGAAGAGAAUGAAGAAAACCAUGAGAAUGGAGACCCAAUCAUUUUAUCUGAACCUGGUAAAGAACCUGUUGAAAUUCCCACUUAUCCAACAUACCCCCCACCUCUUUCAUCAAACAUCGAGAACCCAGGAAUCUACGAUUCCAGUCGCAAUGCGCCAUAUAAAAUAGACAUUAAUUCAGAAUUAAUGAAAAUUUACCGUGAUAUAAUAACUGAUAAUUAUGAUUCAAUAAUAAAUUUAAUUGAUCAAUCCGGUUUAAUUAUUUUACCUUAUGAAUCAUUAAUUCACAUUAUCGCCAUUCUUUGUGAUGUUCAAGAUUCAGACGUUAAGAUUCAAUUUUUCAUAGAUGAUGAGGUUUCAUGCUGCGGAACAGUUGCAAAAAUAAAUCCUAUAAAGGAUAUUAGCACAAUUAAGAUAUCAAAGAACGGAACAACAACUGAACUUCAUUUAACAUAUAAUGAUAUUUAUAAUAAAAUAGUUGAUGAAUAUAAAAUAUCACUUGAAAAAUUCUUUGUUAAGGCCAUUUAA